AUGUCAGGCUCAGAGGAGCUUCCUAAAGGCAAGCACCAGAUGCAUUCACGCAGAAAAAGAACCAUGUUCACUGAGAAGCAACUGGAAGCUUUGAACAUCUUGUUCAAUAAGAAUCCAUACCCAAACCCCAGCUUUCAGAAAGAGAUGGCCUCAAAAAUUGACAUACAUCUGACAGUACUGCAGGUUUGGUUUGAGAACCACGGAGCGAAACUCAAGAAAGCAACAUGCAAGAAUGUUCCGCCAAAACAAGAAGCUCAACAGCAACAGAUACCAGAGAGUGGAAUCAAGACCAGUCCCUGCCACAGAAAUAUGGACACACAACCCAGAUCCCCUAACAACAUCUAUCCUGUAGCCCCCAUUUAUGCAGACCACCAAGCACCCUCAUACCAACUCAGCUCAUACUCCAAUGUUAAGGUCCCUGCAGAUGUCUUUCUUGGCCACAGAAUAGUCCAUUUUGGCUGCUGCCAAGAUUCUAACAUUUACUGUCUCUAUCCCAUUUUGGAAUCCCAGGUUGGUUCUCCAUGCUUCAGUUCUAAUGCUUUCGGCUAUUCACUUAUACAAAGUAGGGAGAGACACUAG